UGUUCUGGUGGAGCCUCCCCCGCCCCCCCACUGUUGGGGUCCGGGCGCGUAAGGCGUGAACCGCAUGGCGGCAAGUUUGAGGGAAGAGGCUCGAAGCGCUAGAAAGGGAUAAGAUGAGCCGAGGGGUGUGGGGGUGUCUGGUAGAUGGAGACAUCCCUUUGUGCAUGCGUGCGAGGAGGAGGAGGAGGAGGUUGUGGCACAGAUUUGGGGGGAGGAAGAACGGGAGGCUUAAGUUGACUUUCCAAAUCGUUUUUCGUCGCCUGUUCUGUAGCAUUGGUAGCCGACGUCCAAAGAACAGAUCGAAAGGCUGCGCAGGUGUAAACGGUUUUCUUUGACAGAACUGUAGGCGUCCGCAGCGCCUCGUGUCAUGGCUUUCGCACGGAGGCAUCGUGCCUCGUAGGCCACGCGCACGUGUAAGCAGUGCUGAAAUGCGCCCAGCUCUGGAGAAGACGGUCAGAGCCCAGCACUGCACCGUAGAUAACAACGCAGUGGGGACGUUUUGGCUGAGAAUAGCAAAGCAAAUCCCUAAGAAGAAUGUGAUCUUUUGUUUUUUGGGGGGUUUUGUAUAGCCUUGCAAAAUUAUUACCCGCACUAAGCAGCCUACACCCAAAAUUUACUACCACACCACUUUUCAUGACAAUUAGUGACACCUUUGAAAAAAGAAUCCAUUCCUUGUAUAAAUGCCCCUUUAAGACUGAUUUAUGCAAUCUAAAAAUUCCCCACACCACUGUGCAGUGUAAUUUGUUUCUAUUCAGGUUUUUAUAGUUGUAACUCAUGGUACGAACAUCUUUUUUUAUACUGAUGUGGCUGGUAUCUCUCAUUUGUAGCUCUUUCCUUAUUCAUUUGGAGGGACUGUCAUGUUUGUAGGUUAACUGUAACAUGCCACAUGGUCACAAGUUCAGGCAAAGCCACAGAAGGUUCCUUUAUGUAUGUAACCGAAAUGAUGAGGUUUGACGUAGUUCUUAGAUCCUGGAGGACUGUGUUUAAGUUGCAGAGAGAUUCUCCUGAAUUCUUUCAUCUGAUAUGGAAUCAGGAUGUGAUAUUUUCAACAAUCAUUUGACACCUACACAGUCAAAUGGGUCACUAGUUGGCUGGAGGGCCGCAUCCAGAGAGUGGUGGUAGACAGGUCAUUUUCGACCUGGAGGGAUGUGGGCUGUGGGGUCCCCCAGGACUUGGUCCUCGGGCCUGCACAGUUCAACAUCUUCAUCAGCGACUUGGACAGGGGUGUAAAAAGCACCCUGUUCAAAUUCUCAGAUGACACUAAGAUGUGGGGAGAAAUGGACACACUAGAAGGGAGGAAUAGGUUGCAAUCAAACCUAGACAGGUUACAGGGGUGGGUGGAUGAGAACAGGAUGGGUUUCAACACUGACAAAGUGCAAGGUACUGCACCUGGGGGGGAAGCACCGGCACCUACAGGCUGAGGAACUGUAGAUAGACCCUGUGAUAGACCCUCUCCCCCGUAGGGUCUAUCACAGGGGGAGGUUGAUUCAGCUGUCUCAGCCUCCCCCCGUGAUAGACCCUACAGGAGGAGGUUGAGAGAGCUGAAUCUCUUCAGCCUUCACAAGAGAUGGCUGAGGGGAGAUCUUGUGGCUGCCUAUAAAUUUAUUAGGGGAGAUCAACAGGGAAUAGGGCAAGCACUAUUUACUAAGGUGCCCCAGGGAGUGACUAGGAAUAACGGGUGUAAACUAGUUGAGAGUGGAUUUAGGUUAGAUAUUAGGAAGAAAUUUUUCACAGUAAGGGUGGCCAGGAUAUGGAAUGGGCUUCUAGGAGAGGUGGUGCUAUUGCCUGGUUUGGGGGUCUUCAAGAGGAGGCUAGAUAGUUACCUGCCUGGGGUCAUCUGACCUCGGUCCUCUUUCCUGCCAGGGCCAGGGGGGUCGGACACGAUGAUCCAUUGUGGUCCCUUCCAACUCUACAAUCUAUGAAUCUAUGAAACUCCCUUCUCGUCAGUGCAGAGGCAGAAAAGGAUCUUGGAGUCAUUAUUGAUGCCAAAACGAACAUGGGCUGACAGUGUGGGGACGCGGUCAGGAAGGCCAACUGUACUUUGUCAUGCAUCCACAGAUGCAACUCAAGCAGUUUCAAGGAGCCACCAACAAAUGGAACACAAGUUAACUUAAACCUAGAGGAGGCUGGUGACAUCUGAAAGAGGGGAAAGUGGGGCAGCAGUGCUCCGAUGCCCUCUGUCUGACCAGCUGCUGUUUGGAGUAUGUUUGCUACUUAGAAAGGAACUGAAAUUCAGGUACAAUCCAUGUAGACCUGUGAAAUAAAAAGAAAGAACUGAGGAACAUACCCCCCCAAAUCUGUGGAAAUCUGCUACGUUCCUAUGUCUCUGGCUGUGGCUCUGAUCUUCCUGUUGGGAUACCUCAUUCAGUUCCGUUUCUGUUGGAAUUAUUGACAAGUAGCAGCUUCAAGUAUUAUAAAGCUGCUCAGUUCAUUUCAGUGGAAAUUUAAACCUUUUCAGGCACAAGAUAUUGUAAACUAAAAGCGUGAAUAUGGGUGAAAAGAAACCGGAGCCCCUAGACUUUGUAAAAGAUUUUCAGGAGUACCUUACUCAACAGACACACCAUGUAAAUAUGAUUUCUGGAUCAGUUAGUGGUGAUAAGGAAGCAGAGACUCUUCAGGGAGCUGGGACGGAUGGUGAUCAGAAUGGAUUAGAUCAUCCUUCUGUUGAAGUUUCCUUGGAUGAAAACUCAGGAAUGUUAGUGGAUGGAUUUGAAAGGACAUUUGAUGGAAAGCUGAAGUGUCGAUACUGCAACUAUGCUAGCAAAGGAACAGCACGGCUGAUAGAGCAUAUCAGAAUUCACACAGGUGAAAAGCCACACAGAUGCCAUUUAUGCCCAUUUGCAUCAGCUUAUGAACGUCAUCUGGAAGCUCAUAUGAGAUCACAUACUGGUGAAAAACCAUACAAGUGUGAAUUGUGUUCCUUCCGCUGUAGUGACAGAAGUAACUUGUCUCAUCAUCGCAGACGCAAACACAAAAUGGUACCUAUUAAAGGUACCCGGUCUUCCCUAAGCAGCAAGAAAAUGUGGGGAGUUUUGCAGAAGAAGACCAGCAAUCUGGGGUACAGCAGAAGAGCAUUAAUUAAUUUGAGUCCACCUUCUAUGGUGGUUCAAAAACCAGACUACCUUAAUGAUUUCACCCAUGAAAUCCCAAAUAUUCAAACUGAAGCAUAUGAGAGCAUGACAAAAACAACACAAACCAGUGCGCUGCCAAGAGAUCCACAAGACCUCAUGGUAGAUAAUCCUUUGAAUCAGCUAUCUACAUUGGCAGGACAGUUGUCUAGCUUGCCACCUGAAAACCAAAACCCAGCAUCUCCUGAUGUUGUACCAUGUCAAGAUGAAAAGCCUUUUAUGAUACAGCAGCCUACUGCACCAGCAGUAGUUUCAACUGUAGCAACAAAUAUUCCUCAAAGUUCAUCUCCUACCAGCCCGGAUCCUCGGCCUGCACACAAUCAGAGGAACUAUAGUCCUGUGGCAGGUCCAAGCAGUGAUCGUAGUGCCCAUACUAGUACUCCUAGCAUAAGUAACAGUCAGCCAAGUACUCCAGCUCCAACCCUUCCAGUUCAGGACCCUCAGCUUCUGCAUCACUGCCAGCACUGUGAUAUGUAUUUUGCAGACAAUAUCCUUUAUACUAUUCACAUGGGAUGUCAUGGUUUUGAAAAUCCUUUUCAAUGCAACAUAUGUGGGUGCAAAUGUAAAAAUAAGUAUGACUUUGCCUGCCAUUUUGCAAGAGGCCAACAUAACCAACACUGACUGAAAAGCAUACAUUCAUUUAGUUUUUUAACAUAAUAUGGUAUAUUUUUUCAUACUUCCUGAAGGAGACUUUUCUCAUCUCCCAAUAAGAAGUCUAACAUUAAGCAGUUUGACAAAGGAGACACACUUCUAUCCACGCUGUUGUAAGACUUGCCAGGGAAGUUUGCGAGAGUCAUGGUGGUAACAGCUUUUAUGUGGCUUUUUUCUUUUUUUUUCUCCAAUAGAAAGAUAAGGGAUUGUAAUGCAAUUACAUAUUUUGUUUGUUAUAUUUAAGUUCCUUGUGCUUAAGAUUCAGGUGAAUAGUCUACAGUUGAUCCAAACUGUGUGCCCUUAAACAUGAGCUGUAAUUCACCAGACACAAUACAAGAUAAGAGAUCUUGAUACCUAAAAUAUGGCAAAUGUUAAUUUAACAAAAUGUAUGUUUAGUAUGAAAAAUGUACCUACCAAACUGGGUGGGGGAGAACUUUCACACACAAACAGUUUGAAAUAAAACUAUUAGUUUCAUCUGAUUUGUAGUUAAUCAUAAAUUUGUUUAGUGAAUUCUAAAAUCUUUCUGCUAGACUUAACACUGCUCUAGUUUUCCCUCUAAAAAUGGAUCACAAAAACUAGAAGAUAUCAAAUGUAUACAUGUUACUGUAAAUGACACUUCCAUAAGAAAGACUAUGUGAAAAAGACAUUCCUGUUCGAAGUUUAUUAAAUAAAAAUCACAAAUAAGCACCAUUACAGUUUAAAAAAAAAAGCCAGGUUCUAAAAUAAGAAAGCCCUCAUUUAAAAGUACUCUAUGAUAUCUUUAAAUGUCUUACGAAACUAAAUUUGUAUGCUUACUUACAUUUUGCACAUUUAGACUACUUAGUCUUUUCCUUACUCCCAUGAUAAAAGUUAAGAGAAAAUUAAGUUACAGAUUGAAAAUUUUCUUCCAGUUUUAUCCUGGUUCAAACUAUGAAUGGUAGAUUGUGUGUAUGUUAGGGAGUUAUGCAUUCUAAUUUAUGUAAACUGCAGCUAACAUAAUUUUGUUUGCCUGAUGACCUGUGUGGAUUUACUGAUCUACCAGCAUGCUAGAAAGGUUUCUUUGUUAAUGACUGGGAGGAAGGCAGGCAAAGGAAUAUUAGGUUGGUUACAUGUGGAGUCGUGGCUAAUAUUGUGACUGCAGAUUCUAUCCGAAGAUGUAUGUGCGGUCCCUUUGUAUGUGUUAACUUUAUUUUUGAUACUGUACAUCUUAAUCAUUUUUAAAAGCACCUAGGUUAACAUUUAGGCACUUUAAUAUUAAUCUAAAUGAAACAUCCUAGCAAAAUUAGGGAGACUGCUAGGUAAGUAACAGGCAUUAGUAAUGUUCCAGAAAAGUAAAAACUUACUUUGACAUGCACUUUUACCUUAUUCUGUCUUAUUUGCUGCAAGACAAAUGGAAAGCUUUCUUUAUAUUACCCUUUACUAUAACAAAUAAGCAGGCACAUGCAAGACAUCAAUUAAUGUGUUUUGUGGACAGUAAGAACAGGAGUUAAAUAUUUUGAAGUCCAGAGUGGACAUGCAAGUGUCACCUAUUGGAGUUCAUACAUCAGUUGUUCUGGGGCAUGAUGAAAAGGCUAUUGAAUCAAUGUAAAAACUCUCAUAGACUUCAGUGAGCUUUGGAUCAGGCUCCUAGAAAGUAUGCUCCUCUAAAACAUUUUUGGUAUUAGGAAGUCCCCUUUCUUUACUUCUUUAUCUAAUGAGAAAUUUGAUACUUACUCGUUGUACCCCUCAAGUGCCAGGUGACUUUAAUGCGCAUGUGGCCCUCAAAUUAAUCCCGCAUAGGAUUUUUCAUCCUUAAGACUAUCCAGUGAAGGGAGAUCACUUGUGUCGGUACAAAACUCUCUGAUCCUAAUGAGUUUAGUAACACGUAAGAGCAGAUGUUAUACAUGGAAAACACUUUCUGGCCCCGUAAAUCACCUUUUUGUCUCUCUAAUUUGUAAAAUUACCUAAAAAAUUAAAUGUCCUGGCCAGGUCAGGAUCCAUUGACUUCAGUGGGCUUUGAAUAAGGCUGUUUAUAAUACUUUGCACAACCAACUCAAGAAUGUAUUCAGAAAUAAAUAUAUUGGGUAGUCUAAAUUCAAAUACAAUAAAAACAUCUUUAGUUUCCUUUUUAAAGAAUUUACAAGUCUUCAUCUAUGAAGCUGUGCAUAAAGUCUUCAUCUAUGAAGCUGCACAGGUUAGCUGUGCAUAAACUCAGACCUAAGAAAUCUGGUAUCGUACACUCAAAUAUCUGCUUUCAUUUUAAGGAUUAUGAUUGUUCACUGAACUAUAAUCAAUCUGAUUGGAAACCCUUGAUUUUAUGCAUAUUCUGUAAUCUCAUAUUCUUAUACAAAGAACAAUGCAGAAAAAAUAUUUUGGGCGCGUUAUAUUAUUGAUCAAAAUCUACAUACCUAAAAUGAAAUCACACAUUUCUUUCCCCUAAUAUUUAAAAAUAUGUAGCUUUUCCUUUGGGGCCAGGAAACAUGCCGUAAUAGUUUUUCUUCGGGAUUUAACAACUUUGUAAAAGCUAUUCUAUUUGUCCAAGUUUAACUAGCUGUUUUUAACUGAAAUUGAAUAGUAAUAUCUGUCAUCAUGCAAAGUUGUGGAAGUUAUAAAACACAGUUUCUUACAUAUCUGAAAUACAUUAACAUUUGGUGUGUUAAACAAUGGUGUGUUAAACAAUUUGGUGGACCAAUGUUCCUCCCUCUUGAAGUCAAUGGCAAAACUACCAUUUGCAAUUUUAGUGUAGAAAUUUUUUAUCCUUCCCCUCAUCAUUUUGAUCCUUUAGGCUAAGAACUUUCAUUGGUAAUCUGACUCCUGUAAUCAUUCAGUACUUGAAUCUGUAUUUGUAGAGAGAACAUGCCUUGGGAAAUUACAGGCUAAAGACCAGUCUGGAUAUGUAGAGGUAGGUGGAAAUUUGAGGACUCAUCAAGGUAGAAAAAACAUGCAUAGUCCAUCUCCACUGGACAGCUGUGAGAGCGUCCACAUGUCUACGAACAAGAGUGUUAUUAGAUUGGAGUAGUACUUAGUAUUAAAAAAACCUAAUUAAUCCUACUGUUGGUACUGGUUAAUACUGAGAUACUGUUUACUCUUCAGGAAAAUAUCCAAGGAAAUUUAAAAGAGAAUUUAAGCUUUAACACUUCAUGCUAAACAAUUAUAGCCAGAUCCUUUUUCUUCUCGUGCAAUGGGACUACUCAUGAGAGAGAGGAUAGGAUUUGGUAUUUAGGGCCCCUAUCCUCUCAGUGUGUCUGUGGGGUGGAUCCCCCAGUGACUGCAUCUAGCACUACUGAAGCCAGUUUCAGAUUGGGGCCUUAACUUCUUCUUUUUUUAAAACAAACACACAACAUAUUACUAUGUAUUUUGUUGUGCCAAACCAUAACUUGAUUACGCUUAUUUCCUUCCGACUACUGAGUAUGUUUGGAAGGUGCAUUUUUAGUUUAUUAAAAAGGUAGCUUUUCAUAAUUUUGUACUAAAAGUGUAUAUUCUAGUAUUUACUAUAAUUUAAAAUAAAGAGCACAAUUAGUAUUGCAAAGUUCUUUGAGGAUGUGAUCCUGUAAACCUUUACUUUCACAAGUAGGCCUUAUUUUUGCCAAGUUGAUGGGGAAUGCUUGUCAGUAAGGAUCUGUAGGAUCAGAACUAGUUUACUAGACCUAUUUUAUAUUGAGUUGAAUGUGCUUUACUGCACUAACUUUUUAAAAACAAAUCCUUAUAGCAUAUUAUGAGGAACUGAUUAGUUUUUAACUUGUAUUAACAAGGAAGUUUCAGGAUGAGUUGAUACUUUUUCCACAGCUUGACUGUGUUAAGUUCUGUAUUUGGAAAAUGUUAGUUGUUGUGUUCCUUUGUUUUUAUUGUUAUGGAAUAUUUUAUAGAUAUUUUGGAUAAUUUUUUAACAUGCACUAUUUAUAGUACUCUUAACAGAUAUUGUAACAUUCUGAGACUGAGGACUCUUUUUGUUCAGUGAACAUUCAAAUAUUAGAUUGAAAAUGCUGGUAGGAGAAAAAUGAUCUUGUUAAUAUUUAAACUAAGGAACUGUGAAGCAAGUAAGUAAUAAGGAAUAAUAUUUGAUUAUUGCAAAUGCCAUGUGUAGCUUCAAAUGAAUUUGGCCUAAGACACCAAUUUGUGUUUUAACACAUACAGUUCGCAGUGCUGGAAGAGAGACAUGUUUCAGUGUUGUUGCAUAGCAGAAUUUGAACAGUUCUUAUGGCUUUUGUUAUUGAAUUUUACUUUUUUUUGACAAAGGGAAUGUAACAAAUCUUCACUGGCAAGUUUCCCAUCAGUUUAAGUUUCUGUGAAAAAUGGAUAUUCUGUGCAGGAAAAAUCUAUUCCCUGCUGAAGCAUUUUUCAUUGAGCAAUCUUUGUAUAUGUGCUUCUAGUACCUGCUUUGUUAAUAAUGUGUACUUCAAUGUAAAAAGCAUAUUUUAUAUGCAGAAGAUGAAACUUGAGUUACAGUUGUAAAAUACAUUUUAUCGUGUAGUGAUUUGGUUUUCAGAAAACAAAAUAAUUCUGAAAUAACUAGCGUAGUUCAUGUUGUGAAGCUUUGCUUUUGUAAGAUAUGAAUAAAAUAACACUUUCUAAUUA